AUGUUAACUCCGCCCUCACUAUUCAUGCCGGGCUCCCCGUUAGUGCAUUGGCUCCGCCGCUAUCUACAGGUGUGGAAAAAAGACCGGAAAGAAAAAGACUCCGAUGAUGAGUCAGCGGUGGAAGAUGAAGCUGUACCGUUUGGGGAGUUUGACGACAACUACGAUCCCCGAGAAGUUGAGCGACAGAGCAGAAAAAUGAACAAAUUACGCCAAUUCUCGCUGCUGCUCUGGAAAGAUUGGGUGCUUCUGAGACGAAACAAAGUGUGGACGCUAUUCGAAUUAAUCAUUCCAUGUCUUAUACUCGGUCCACUAGUUUACUUAGUUGUGAAGAAUUCUGACCACUCAACCUCGCCGGAAAACUCUUAUGAUCCCUUCAAGCUGACAGGAACCGUAGAAGAUGUUUAUCUCGAAUAUGCCUUCACAAAACCGAUUUAUAAACGAUGGUGUCUUCGAAGUGAUGUAAUGUUCGGCUACACGAGUAAGGAUCCAGCUACUCAGAGUACAGUCAACGAUUUGAUGAAAAAAGUUUCUGAUAGAUUUCAAAACGGGAAACUGAAAAUGACAGUAAAAAGUGAACAAAGUGAAGAACAACUGUUAACAGUUCUCAGAGAAGACUUGCCGAUGAUGAAUGAAACGUAUUGUGCUAUAAACUCAUAUGUUGGAGGAGUUGUUUUCGAUACUGUAAACAUCGCAGAGAAAAAGUUGAAAUAUCGAAUUUUACUUGGAAAAGCACAGGAAGAAGUAUGGCAUUUAACAGAAACCAGUUACAAUCCGUAUGGUCCUUUAUCUGGAAGAGGUGGCAGAAUUCCGGCGAGUCCACCUUAUUGGACAUCAGCUUAUCUCACUCUCCAACAAGCCAUUGAAACAUCGUUUGUGUCAUCCGCUCAAGGAGAACUCGUUGAUAUUCCGAUUACAUUGAGAGGACUUCCGGAACCAAAAUACAAAACCAGCUCGGUGUCUGCCUUUAUUGACUUCUUCCCAUUCAUUUGGGCAUUUGUCACUUUCAUCAAUGUCAUUCAUAUCACGAGAGAAAUUGCCGCUGAAAACUUUGCGGUGAAACCAUAUCUAACUGCAAUGGGUCUAUCGACUUUCAUGUUUUAUGCAGCACAUGUUGUCAUGGCAUUCAUCAAGUUCCUCGUAAUUUUCCUCUUCUCUGUCAUCCCAUUGGCGUUUGUGAUGGAAUUCGUCAGUCCUGCAGCUCUGAUUGUGACUGUCUUGAUGUACGGACUCGGUGCUGUUAUUUUCGGAGCAUUCGUCGCUUCAUUCUUCAGUAAUACAAACUCAGCUAUCAAAGCAAUUCUGGUUGCCUGGGGAGCCAUGAUUGGGGUAUCAUACAAAUUCCGUCCACAUCUCGAUCAAAUUCCUACAUGUUUUCUAUAUGGACUGAAUAUCAAUGGAGCUUUUGCAUUGGCAGUAGAAGCGAUAUCAGAUUAUAUGAGAAGAGAACGAGAACUGAACCUAUUCAACAUGUUCAAUGAUUCGUCCCUUCAUUUUUCUCUUGGGUGGGCACUGGUCAUGAUGAUUGUUGAUAUUCUAUGGAUGUCCGCUGGAACUUUGAUUGUUGAUCAUAUACGAACAUCAUCUGAUUUUAGUCUGCGAACUUUGUUCACUCGUGGAGAUGUUUUGGAAGAGUACGAAAAUCAAACUGAUGGGCAGACUGCCUAUAAUACAAGAAUCAACGAACAGAUGAACACAAUUGGAACAUCGUCGCUAAGUCCUCCGAAUGCUGAUUCAGAUGCUCUUCUUGAAGGAUCUACGGAAGUGGAUGGUGCAAGGGAUGCUGCAAGAGCUGAUAUUAGUGUCAAUAGACUUGUGAAAAUCUGGCCAACAACUGGUGAAAGAGCUGUCGACGGAUUGUCAUUGAGAGCUGUUCGAGGACAAUGCUCAAUUCUUUUAGGACAUAAUGGCGCUGGUAAAAGUACUACGUUCUCUAGCAUUGCUGGGAUCAUCAAACCAACUUAUGGACAUAUUUCAAUUUGCGGACACGAUGUCGGAAGAGAACCAGGAGAGACUAGAAGUCACAUUGGAAUGUGCCCACAAUAUAAUCCAUUGUAUGACAAGUUAACUGUCUCAGAACAUCUUCAGUUGGUUCACGGAUUGAAAGGAGCCAGAAAAGCAGAAUUCAAGGAAGAAAUGAAACGUCUUUUAGCUGAUGUGAAACUUGAUUUCAAGGAAAAUGAAAGAUCAAUGAACCUAUCUGGAGGAAUGAAAAGAAAGUUGUGUGUUUGCAUGGCAAUGAUUGGUGAUUCUGAAGUUAUUCUUCUCGACGAACCAACCGCUGGAAUGGAUCCAGGAGCCAGACAAGAUGUACAAAAACUGGUGGAGAGAGAAAAGUCAAAUAGGACUAUUCUACUGACUACUCACUAUAUGGAUGAAGCAGAACGUCUCGGUGAUUGGGUGUUUAUCAUGUCUCACGGAAAACUUGUAGCAUCUGGAACGAAUCAAUACCUUAAACAGAAGUUUGGAACUGGAUACUUGUUGACUGUUGUAUUGGAUCAUACUGGUGAGAAGAGAAAAAUGGCCGAAGUUCUCACAAGUGUAUGCUGCCAUUUUGUGGAAGGAGCGGAAAGAGGAGAGAUGCACGGACAGCAAAUCGAAAUUAUAUUACCGGAAGUAGAGAAACAAUCAUUCGUUCCAUUGUUCCAAGCAUUGGAAGCUAUUCAAGACAGAAACUUCCGCAGUACCGCACUUGAAACUAUACCGAAUCAAUUGAAAUCGCAGCUGGCUACUUUAGUAAUGAAGAGUUUUGGACUGUCACUGAACACUCUCGAACAAGUUUUCAUAACUAUCGGAGACAAAGUUGACAAAGCAAUCGCCAGUCGACAGAAUAGUAGAAUCAGUCAUAACUCAAGAAAUGCAAGUGAACCGUCGUUAAAACCACCAGGCUACGAUACUCAAUCAAGCACAAAGAGUGCUGAUAGUUAUCAACGACUGAUGGAUAGUCAAGCAAGAGGUGCCGAGAAAUCGGGUCCAGCUAAAGUUGUGGCUCAAUUCAUUGCGAUUUUAAGAAAGAAAUUGUUGUAUUCAAUGAGAAAUUGGACACAAUUAUUUGGGCAAGUGUUGAUUCCAAUAGUCCUACUUGGAUUGGUUGCUUCUCUGUCAACACUGAAAUCAGAAAAUAAUGAUCAAUACCGUAGUCUCUCCCAGUAUGGAAUUCAGCCGUCGAAAGUUGUCAUGAGAUUCGAUGAGCCCCUUCCAGAAGAAGCCAAAAACUUCGAAACGAUGCUAAAGAAAUCAGGAGGAUUUGAAAUUCUUAGAUAUAGUGGCAGUAAUCCGUUGUUGAACAUCACAAAAAAUCUCAUAGGAGAAAUGCCACCGGCUUCAAUUGGAAUGACAAAGUCCUCGGAAACUCUGGAGACUCUAUUCAAUAUGAGAUAUUAUCACGUUCUUCCGACUGUUGUCAGUAUGAUCAACCGUGCUCGUUUGGCAGGAAGCUCCCCUGUAAACGCUGAAAUCGAAGGUGGAAUUUUCCUAUACUCAAAAUCUUCUUCGGAUAGUAAUUUACUUCCAAGUCAACUCAUUGAUGUAUUGCUCACUCCAAUGCUCAUUCUGAUUUUCGCAAUGGUUACAUCUACUUUUGUAAUGUUCCUCAUUGAAGAGCGUACCUGUCAAUUCGCUCAUCAACAGUUCCUCACUGGAAUCUCCCCAAUCACAUUCUAUUCAGCUUCUCUUCUUUAUGAUGGUAUUCUGUAUACGUUGAUUUGCGUGGUUUUCUUCAUUAUGUUUGUGAUGUUCAAUUGGAUGUACAACCACCUUGGAAUAGUGAUUCUCUUCUGGUUCCUAUAUUUCUUCUCAUCGGUUCCAUUCAUUUAUGCAGUGUCAUUCCUGUUCCAAUCGCCAUCAAAAGCCAAUGUCAUGCUCAUCAUUUGGCAGGUUGUUAUUUCUGGAGCCGCUCUUCUCGCAGUUUUUGUUAUUUUCAUGUUGUUUGACAUCGAUCAAUCCUUGAAAUCAUUCCUUAUGAAUAUAUUCCUAUUUCUUCUGCCAUCGUAUGCAUUCGGUUCUGCGAUAAUAACCAUAAACACCUAUGGCUUUAUUAUAACUUCGGAUGAACUUAUGAGUUGGGAUCAUUGUGGCAAGAAUGCUGCAUUGAUGGCAGCUUUUGGAGUUUGUUCGUCUUUUCUUUUCGUCCUUCUCCAGUUCAAAGUUGUCAGAAGAUUCCUUUCUCAAGUUUGGACAAUUCGUAGAUCUGCUCAUAACAAUGUGCAACCAAUGAUGGGUGACCUUCCAGUUUGCACCAGUGUUGAGGAUGAAAGAAAUCGGGUACAUAGUGCAAAUCCCGCGUCAUUGGCUCUUGCUGUGAAAGAUUUGACAAAAACUUUUGGUCGAUUCACUGCAGUCAACGAAUUGUGUCUAGCUGUUGAUCAAAAAGAAUGUUUUGGACUUCUCGGAGUGAACGGUGCCGGAAAAACAACUACAUUCAACAUUUUAACGGGUCAAUCGUUCGCAUCAAGCGGAGAAGCUACCAUCGGGGGUCACGAUGUUACGGAACACAUUUCCAUCGGUUACUGCCCUCAAUUUGAUGCUCUGAUGCUCGAUCUGUCAGGAAGAGAGUGCUUGGAAAUUCUUGCGCAGAUGCAUGGAUUCGAAAAGUAUAAAGAAAAGGCUGAACUGAUUCUGGAAUGUGUCGGAAUGCAAGCACAUGCUGAUAAACUUGUAAGGUUCUACAGUGGUGGACAGAAGAGAAAGAUAUCAGUAGGAGUAGCUCUACUUGCACCAACUCAGAUGAUUAUUCUUGAUGAACCAACUGCUGGAAUCGAUCCGAAAGCAAGAAGAGAAGUAUGGGAACUGUUGUUGUGGUGUCGAGAACAUUCAAAUAGUGCACUCAUGUUGACAUCUCAUUCAAUGGACGAAUGCGAAGCGUUGUGCUCCAGAAUUGCGGUUCUGAACAGAGGAUCAUUGAUUGCUAUUGGAUCAAGUCAAGAGCUCAAAUCAUUAUACGGAAACAAUUACACAAUGACUUUGAGUUUAUUCGAACCAGCACAACGAGAUGUUAUUGUACAACUUGUUGCUUCCAGACUUCCCAAUUCUGUUCUCAAGACAACGCCAACAAACAAAACACUGAAUCUCAAGUGGCAGAUUCCAAAAGAAAAGAACGACUGUUGGUCUGAAAAGUUUGAAAUGGUGCAGAACCUGGCCAAGGAUCUAGGAGUCAAGGACUUCAUAUUGGCUCAAUCUUCUCUUGAAGAGACUUUCUUACGUCUCGCUGGACUGGAUGAUGAUCAAUCUGACACUCAUUCAGCUGUCCAUAUAACACAUUCCACACAUGUAUGA